AAAGUAUAUUUUGCUAGUAAUAUUUGCUUUUAUUUUGCAGUGUACUGCUGUUCUAGACACUUUAUCUAUUACUUGGAGAUGCACCGCCCCCCUCUGGCGGCAGGGAGGUACUGCGCUCCGCGUGCGCCUAGUUUACAGUCACCAUGACAACCACUGGGCGUGUAGGUAAUGGUAUCACUUACAUUAGUUAACUUCGACGGACUGAAGUAAACAGUGAAAGCUAUUGCCCAUUAACUUAAGUUUUUAAGGAGUCGUUUCCUACAACAAAAUGGAUGUGUCUGUAAUUCUGCCUGUCGAAGCGGAGGGGUUUGUUCAAAGUCUGGAAACUUUCUCCCUGAAGGAAGUAGGCUCUUCGAGGUGGUUCAAACAACACGAGUACAUAGAGAAACUUAACAUGCAGGCGAUAUUGAACGUUUCUGCCACAGAUGAUGAGUUUGUCAAGGAGCUCCUGGUGUCACAUGGAAAGAUAUCGGUUCUGGUAGGUGAAAUGAUCCUUGUUGAAGUGUGGAAACACAAAGUUUUCCCCAUCCUAUGUAAACUGCAGGAUUUUAAUCCCAAGAACACGUUUCAUCUUUACAUGGUGAUCCACCAUGAAGCCACGAUAAUAAACCUGCUUGAAACCAUAAUGUUUCACAAGGAUUCCUGUGAGGCAGCUGAUGACUCUGUGCUUGACUUGGUGGAUUACUGCCACCGCAAACUCACCCUGCUAGCCGGCAAAGCAACAAGGGAGGGCAACACGACUCAUGGCCAAAAGAAACUGACAGGGAACACCAUUAUGUCCUCUAUGGAGGAGUUACAGUCACAGAAUGCUGACUUGGAAUUUGAAAUCUCACUGAAAGCGCUCUCUGUGCUGCGCUACAUCACGGAUCACACUGACUGCAUCAGUGUUAUUAAUCGCAUGCUGUGCACCCACAACAUGCCGUGUGUACUUGUUCAGCUGAUUGACUGCUGUCCUUGGAGCCGCUGUAGAGAAGGUGUGGUGGAAAAGUACAUAAAUGGCAAAUGGCAGAAGAUUCCUCCUGAGGACCAUUUAAAGAUGACCAAACUUGAUGGUCAGGUCUGGAUUUCACUUUACAAUCUGCUGCUGAAGGAGGACUGCCAAAGGAAGUAUGACUUCAACAGCUUCAACAAGAGCCAGCUUCUGAAGCUGCGAGGUUUUCUGACAGAAGUGUUGAUCGAUCAGCUGCCAAACCUGGUGGAACUGCAGCGUUGCCUGGCUCAGCUUGCUGUCACGGACCCCGACCCGCCUAAAAAAGAACUCAUUUUAGAACAAAUCCCAGAGAUGUGGAGCAACAUUGUGAGAGAGAAUUCUGGGAAGUGGAAGGCAAUAGCCAAAUACCAGGUCAAAGAAACAUUCAAUCCAUCUGAAAGUGACUUGAGGCAACAGGCACAGAGGUUGGCCCAGACGUACAACUUAGAUGUGAUGGAGAGUUUACUCCCUGAGAAGCCAAAAUGCGGCUCCUGUGGGAAAGAGGCUACAAAGAGAUGCUCUAGAUGUCAGGGAGAGUGGUACUGUCAGAGAGAAUGUCAGGUGAAACACUGGCCUAAACACAAGAAAGCCUGCCAGCUGAUGGCUGAGGCCACCGAGAAGAUUCAGAGGGACCUACAGAUCAACAGCUAAGAGGGACAGAAGAAAAGAGAACAGAUGCGCACGUGGAUGAUGCAAAACUGCAAAACUUCAUUACCUGUUUCAGAAUAUUGUGUCCCUUCCUAUCAUCAUAUAUCUUGGCAGUGUGUUUAAUAAAUCUAUCUUCUUACUUUU